AUGUCGUCAUGUGCAAUAAUUGUGUCUCUUAUUUCAGGCUUAUACGAACGUCAGCCCGUGUUUCCACCAGUUCCCAAACGACAACGUCUGAGCAAGCCUUCGUACCAACGCUACAAGAAGCCACCGUACACCUACACUGGAAUGAUCGUCAUGGCCAUCCUCAACUCGCCUGAGAAAAGACUUCUCUUGUCCCAGAUCCACGACGCUCUUGGCAAGAUGUUUCCGUUCUUCCGACAAAGCACGUACACGGGCUGGAAAGACUCUGUCCGCCACAACCUCUCACACAACCAGUGCUUUACCAUGAUCCUUAAGGACCCCAGCAGGAAGAACGGCAAGGGAAACUUCUGGACAGUGGACCUUUCCCUUGUGCAGCCCGAUGUAUUCAAGAGACAAGAUACGACAGUGUCGAGAGAGGGGAGAUGGGCACUGCAGCUACACGAUCAACUAGGUUGUCCUCCCGUCCUCAUCCCGUCAAGACAGCAGUCUCAUGUCGGAGAGGAGCGAACGACUGGGAGAAUCAUCAACGUCAACGUCUGCAGGAAGCGGAAGCUAGAUGACGUCACGGCCGAUCCACUGGUCUUGCCCGCAGAGAAGCGCCAUCAAUCCUUCCACAUCGCCAACAUCCUUCAGUCACCGCCUUCCCAGCCACAGGAUGACAUCGGCAGAUUCUCAUCAUGCGCCUUUACCAAUGCACCACCCAGAUUCUACCCGGCCGAUCCUACGUACAUCCCGACGACCCAGCUGAUGACUCCAGAACCUGCAGACAAGAGGAAUCCGCCAUCUUGCCCUGACGACUCUGGUUGCUACGUGUCCAGCUCUUCUGCCUCUCCUGAGGCUGACCUGUUCAGCUCUCGUCACAUCCCACCCGUCCCCAGAUUCCCACCAGAAGACUAUGCCCUAGCUAUUGAGACGUCACUGUGGAAUUACUACUAUUGGCCGUCGUUUUCCGCCCUGGAGAGUGCCAUCUACCCUGCAUCCACCUCCCAGACAUCUCCAUCCAGACCCUCGGAACUCACGGUUGGCCAGACGAGCUCACGUUGCCCUUCAUCCUGUGCUUCAACAACCAGCACUGUUCCUGAGGUCAAGAAAGAAGACGCGACAGAUGAUUUAUGGCGGAAUUCUGCUGUAUGGUUGGUUUAG